AACAGAAAACGCAAAAACAAUAACAAACACUUGUGUGGUAGAUUUUCAGAAUGGAUCUGUAGAAGUUUGUGUAAAUUUCUCAAAGUUUACUAUCUUUAAAGAUAUAGGAGAGUGUAUCUGGCAUGUCCCCUGUACCUGAGCCAAUGCAGAGCAGAAAGGGAGAACCGGGAGGUAAUGAUGAGGAAGAGCUGAAUCCUCCCACAGGCUUGGCAUUGGGACAGGCAGUAUCAUCAAGUGACGAUGAACAUGAUUCAAAUGACACGGAGAAUGAAACCCACAAUGGAUACAUUCCUUUACCUCAAUAUAAUGAUGUGGAGGAGGAGGAACAUGAAGGCGAAAUUGAUUAUUCUUCUCUCUCUGGGCUAAUGUCUGCUUUAGCCACACAUGGACCUAAUGUUGUGGGUGAUACUGAAGAAGAAGAGACAUGUGAUGUGAAAACUGAAGAAGUUGAAGGUGCAGUAGGUAUUGCUUCCAACGUAUCCACAAGCACAUCAGUGCUGGCACAACAGGCUGAACAGCAAAGAAGAGAGGAAAUAGCCUUAGAGCAAGCCACAGUAUGGAACUCCCCAGCCCCUGAGCGGCUGAGCUUGGAUGGAAAUAAAGUAGAGGAGAUUAAGUCAGUGAUGGCCUCCUUUAGUCUUCCACAGUCUGCAAUUCCUCCAUGGGCCAAGGACUUAUCAGAAGAAGACUGGAAAAACCAGGUUGCCUGCCUUAUAUCUAACAAAAAAUCCCUAUAAUUUUAGUAUUAUGAAUACCUGUAAUGUUGAUAUACUGAGGCCUUUGAAUUAAGGUCUGGAACAUUGUGAUAUUAAUGUUUUAUUCAGUUGUAUUAUUGUUAUGGGA